CCCAGAAAUCGACAAAUCGCAAUUUUUUGGCACGUCACAGCCGCGUCAUCAUGUCUCCGUGUCUGCUUUUAUCGCUCGAGAAUUAAUUUGUUCAACAUUAUCACACCUUUACGAUAACGUUAUAUGUGAACUGUAUUUUUUGGGCAGUUUAGAAUAGAGACUGAAAAUGGAGAUUUUAAAUCAAGUGUCUAAUGCGCAGUUUGUAUUCACUGCAGCGACGGUAGCUGUUGUUUUAGUUUGCGCCGCGCUCGUUUUCGUAUUUGGUUUUCAUUCGGCGGAGCAGCCGCAGUUCGAUAAACUACCCCUGGUCGUGGAUGACAGGAAAUCCGCCAAUAAAAAGAAUAAAAAGAAGGACAAGAAGUCUUCACCCAACCGCACUACGUCCGAUGAAGUGAAGACAAAGUCUGAGAGCUCCAAAAAAUCUCCCACCAAAGAGAAGAAGGAGGAAAAGGUGAAAGAAGCUGAAAAACCGAAACCGAAGGAAAGACCUGUGGAAGCUAAAGUAGCUAAGAAAGAAGUUCCAGCUGAGAAGAAAGGAAAGAAGAGCAAGAUUGUGGUCGAAGUUGAGAAGCCAGCUGAUUUUGAUGAUGGUUUGUGGCAGGAGGUGCCAAAGAAGGGAGACAAAAAGAAGGUAAAGGCUCCUGAAGAGAAAGAAAAGGGAAAAAAGAAGGAGAGCCCAGCUAAGAAAAACAAAAAAGUAAAGGAUGCUGAUGUGGAGGCUGCCCGCCCUGCGGAGGAACCAGCUGAGACCAUUAAAGUGGUUAGUGCAGAGGGACCACAUGUUAAUGAAGAUUCAGCCCGUGCUCUGCAAGCUCAGGUGGAGGAGUUGCAGCGUGUCCUUAAGGAGGCAGAGCGUCGUGAUCAGGUUGCGCAGGGUGUUGCUGAUGAUGAGGUGAUUCCUGAGGUGCACGAGCUGACUGAUGUCAAAGAUCUCAGGAGUAACAAGAAAAAGGAAAAUAAAGAGAAGCAGAGUAAGAAGAAGACUGCUGAAACUGUCACAGCAGCCAAGAGCACUGCAAAGGUAGAGCCUGUUGAGAAAGACAACACCGUUUCAGACAAACAGGAUGACAAGCAAAAUGCGCCAGUCUUUGAUGAACUUGGUGAUACUUGGACGGAUGCCAAAGUAUCCAAGAAAAGCAAAAAGAAAGCACGUAAGGACCAGUGAAUGGUAAGCGGUACAGACAGGGUCCAGCUGGGCGCAGCGCCCCGUUGAUAGCUCAAUGCCACUGACGCACCUCAUAAAAUUACCAUCUUUACGGAACAUAAUUUAAAUCCUCAUUACCUAUGGAUUCAUACACAUCUAUUUACGCUUAAAUCUGGAUUGUAAUUUUACAGGGUGUGAAGGUUAUUUAUAUAAAUAAGUUUAUUAAACUAUCUUACACAUUCAUUUCACUUACGUCCAUGUUUUUAGUUUCAUAUUUUAUUUUACAUUUAGCUUGUUGACUUGUUUUCAUUAUAAUUUAAUUAUUGUUUUCCAAUGAAGCAUAAUACAAUUUGCAUAUGAGUCAUAGUAUGUAUUUGGAUAACUUUAAAAGUGGAUUUAGGGAAUCUGCAAUAUGUUUUAUGUUAGUUUUUGUUGUUAGUCAAGACAUUUGAAAAGGGUAUUUUAUGUCACUUAAAUAAGUAAUUGUGUAUGUGUUCCCUUAUUUACUAUGUUAUUUAGUACCUAUCAUGUAUUUCAAGUAGUAGUAGGAUGGUGUAGUAACAUUUGAGAUCUUCUGGUGCUUGUAGUAAUAAGGGUCUACAUUUCCUUUCAUUCCAUUUGUGCAUUUCAUCCUUGUACAAACAUUAAUAUAGAUAUUAAUUGCUAAAUAUUUAUCAGUCAUUUAAUCAGCUGUAUCACAUUUACUUGUAGACAUAAAUAUCGUUUUGUUGAGUUGAAACAAUUAUUAUAGUGAUUUUUUCCAUGACGAGACAUUGGGAUGAGACCUGAAAUUGGACCAAUAUAAAUAAUUAUGCAGUUUUGGGACAUCAAUGUGUCUAUAAAAUAAAAUUAACACUAGUUUAGAGCCUUUUUUUUACAGUAAUUGUGGUUUAAUUUGGUAUUGCACAAGUAUUUAGAUUGUAAAAUAGAUAUUUUCCGUCCGAAUACGUUGUGCUCACUUCUUUGCACAAUCUUCAGCUCAUUUUCAACUAAAGCAAUUGUUUUUUCGAUUCAUAUAGACAUAUCCAUAUUAUGGAGGUGAUUUUACCCUCGUGUGCGCCGAUACGGUGCGUCGCGGCCACAUAAUUGUCAUCGCUACGAAUUUAAUGUAAUAAUUUUUACUCUUUUAUUGCAGAUUCCUAUUUUGUGACCUAGUUUUAAGAAUAAUAAUUCAAGUGUAGCGUAGUAACGACAUCAUGCUGUAUACAAUCAUCUUCAAAUUCUAAAUAUCUCUGAAUGCAACUAAUUUAUUAUUAUGUACUAAAUAAAUAGGUUAAGAAUGAAGAAUAAAUAUUUAAUAAUAUGCUAUUGACAUACACAAUAUAUCAACUAAUUCAUGAUAUAAAUGAAUGUAUUGUUUAUUAAUAUAUUCUCGACAUCGGCUGUGAAAUAAUUUUAUUGGCAGGUAUUCAUUCAACUUGUAGCUUUUCAUAACAUAUCCAUAAUAGGCGCCGAUGUGUAAUAAAACAGAUUUUUACUCAUGUAUUAUAUCUAUACUUCCUUUAUGUCUAUUUCUUGUAAAAAUAUCUAAGUCUGUAAUGUUGUAUCUACAUGUUCGCGUCCUCGUUGCGACCUUGUGAUAUCUGUUAGUGCCAGGGGAAGUCUGUAGUAUUGUAUUGCAAUACCUAAUAGUCUAGUUCUUAUUUGUACUACGAAUUACCCUCUGCUAGUACUUCAUAGAUUUUACUAUGCAUUGUUAUGGCUGUAUCUUUAUGAAAUAUUGAGUGAAUAUUUUUUUCCAGUUACUUAGUAGUUCCCGGCUGUUCCAACAUUUUGUGUUCCCUUAUUUCUAGUAUGACAGCUGUACUUAGGGCCUAAAUUUAUUAAGAGUUUUUCGUAUAGUGGGUUCUGAGCGAUGAAUGAAAUUCGUUAAGCUAAUAGAGUUACGCAAAAAUAUUUUUGUCUUCAUAUUCAUUACGUAGUGUAGUAGUCUGCUGGUCGGGUGAAUAUUGCCAAGGCAUAGACACUACUGUAUCACGGGAAUAUUGUUGGUUAUAGGAUCUAAUAAUAAUGUAAUGAUUGUGUAACAUAAAUAUUUUUUUAAAAUCAAUAAAGAGUGAUAUUGAUAAUUUCUAAA